CGGGGGUACACCGAGAAGGGAGACGACUACACGCCGAGAGGAGGGGGCUGGAAGUCUGAGACGCCUCCAGCCUUGAAGGGGCCGGCGGUUUGGCCACAGCACCCCGGACUAGCUAGCUUGUACCUGCGCGGCUAAGUGAAUGGGAUGGAGCCGGGACCGUCUGGCGCUGUGCCCUUGGGGGUCUUCCCCCCACCCCUGCAGCAGGUGUUCCAUGCCCCCCGCCGGCCAGGCAUGGGCACCGUGGGCAAGCCCAUCAAACUACUGGCCAACUACUUCGAAGUGGAGAUCCCAAAGAUGGACGUCUAUCACUACGAGGUGGACAUUAAGCCCGACAAGUGCCCACGGUGGUUGACUCCAUGGUGCAGCACUUCAAGGUGACAAUCUUUGGAGAUCGCAGGCCAGUUUAUGAUGGAAAGAAGAGUUUGUACACAGCCAACCCACUGCCUGUGGCACCCACAGGGGUGGACCUUGACGUCACUCUUCCAGGCGAGGGYGGGAAAGAUCGUCCCUUCAAAGUCUCCAUCAAGUUUGUGUCUCUGGUCAGCUGGCACAUGCUCCACGAGGUGCUGACCGGCCGCAGCAUGCCCGAACCCCUCGAGCUGGACAAGCCCAUCAGCACCAACCCCGUUCACGCAGUAGACGUGGUGCUCCGACACCUCCCUUCCAUGAAGUACACUCCAGUUGGUCGUUCGUUUUUCUCAGCUCCUGAGGGUUACGACCACCCUCUGGGAGGCGGGAGGGAGGUUUGGUUUGGUUUUCACCAGUCUGUGCGUCCUGCCAUGUGGAAGAUGAUGCUAAACAUUGAUGUCUCUGCCACAGCUUUCUACAAAGCCCAGCCAGUGAUCCAGUUCAUGUGUGAAGUUCUGGAUAUCCACAACAUCGACGAGCAGCCUCGCCCUCUCACAGACUCUCAUCGGGUCAAAUUCACCAAAGAAAUCAAAGGUUUAAAGGUGGAGGUGACACACUGUGGAACGAUGCGGAGGAAGUAUCGUGUUUGCAACGUGACCCGCCGGCCUGCCAGCCAUCAAACGUUCCCUCUGCAGUUGGAGAAUGGUCAGACUGUAGAACGUACAGUAGCCCAGUAUUUCAGGGAAAAGUACAACCUGCAGCUCAAAUACCCACAUUUGCCCUGUCUACAGGUGGGCCAGGAGCAAAAGCAUACCUACCUGCCUCUGGAGGUGUGUAACAUCGUAGCUGGUCAACGGUGCAUUAAAAAGCUGACAGAUAAUCAGACCUCCACAAUGAUYAAAGCCACAGCUCGCUCUGCACCUGACCGGCAAGAGGAGAUCAGCAGGCUGGUGCGCAGUGCCAACUAUGAAGCCGACCCGUUUGUCCAAGAGUUCCAGUUUAAAGUGCGCGACGAGAUGGCCCACGUGACGGGGCGAGUGCUACCCGCCCCCAUGCUGCAGUACGGCGGCAGGAACCGCACUGUAGCCACACCCAGCCACGGGGUGUGGGACAUGAGGGGCAAGCAGUUCCACACUGGGGUGGAGAUCAAGAUGUGGGCUAUUGCCUGCUUCGCCACACAGAGGCAGUGUCGGGAAGAAAUUCUCAAGGGUUUCACAGACCAGCUGCGUAAAAUCUCAAAGGAUGCUGGGAUGCCCAUCCAAGGCCAGCCAUGCUUCUGUAAAUACGCCCAGGGAGCCGACAGCGUGGAGCCCAUGUUCAGACACCUAAAGAACACCUAUGCCGGACUACAACUCAUCAUCGUCAUCCUGCCCGGGAAAACUCCAGUCUAUGCGGAGGUGAAACGAGUGGGAGACACUCUGCUCGGCAUGGCGACCCAGUGUGUUCAGGUGAAGAAUGUAGUGAAGACGUCGCCUCAGACGCUCUCCAACCUCUGCCUCAAGAUCAACGUAAAGCUGGGAGGCAUAAACAACAUCCUGGUGCCUCAUCAAAGACCGUCAGUGUUUCAGCAGCCAGUUAUCUUCCUGGGAGCAGAUGUCACACAUCCACCAGCUGGAGACGGGAAGAAGCCUUCAAUUGCAGCGGUGGUCGGCAGCAUGGACGCCCACCCCAGCAGGUACUGUGCCACUGUGCGUGUCCAGAGACCCAGGCAGGAGGUUAUCCAGGACCUGGCCUCUAUGGUGCGGGAGCUGCUCAUCCAGUUCUACAAAUCAACCCGCUACAAGCCGACCAGGAUCAUUUUCUACAGGGACGGAGUUUCAGAAGGCCAGUUCAGACAGGUGCUGUACUAUGAGCUGCUGGCUAUCCGUGAGGCCUGUAUCAGCCUGGAGAAGGAGUACCAGCCAGGCAUUACCUACAUUGUUGUGCAAAAACGCCACCAUACACGCCUCUUCUGCGCCGACCGCAACGAGAGAGUUGGACGCAGUGGAAACAUUCCUGCUGGUACUACUGUGGAUACGGACAUCACACACCCCUACGAGUUUGAUUUUUACCUCUGCAGUCACGCUGGAAUACAGGGCACCAGUCGGCCCUCCCACUACCAUGUACUGUGGGAUGACAAUUGUUUUACUGCUGACGAGUUCCAGCUGCUCACCUACCAGUUGUGCCACACCUAUGUGCGCUGUACCCGCUCAGUUUCCAUCCCUGCACCUGCCUACUACGCCCACCUGGUGGCCUUCCGUGCCCGCUACCAUUUGGUGGACAAAGAGCAUGACAGCGCUGAAGGCAGUCAUGUUUCUGGUCAGAGUAACGGUCGUGAUCCCCAGGCGCUGGCCAAAGCUGUUCAGAUUCACCACGACACUCUGAGGACCAUGUACUUCGCCUGAGUGAACAACCACCACCUUCUUCAAACAUUACCCCCUUUAACACACACACAAACACACAAACACAAAAACAGCCAUGCACGUCUGGCUCGCCAGUCAAGAAGUUCUCACAGGUGCAUGUCCCCCCCCCACACACACACACAACAUGCCUAGUCAAUGUGGACCUGACACUGUGCAGAGGAUAGCAGGGAGGAGCGAGGGGAGAAGGCACCCCCCCACACUGGACUGAGGAUGCAAUCGCUGCUUUAAAAACAAACAGGACAGAAACUCAGCACUAUUAUGCAAUAUUAAACCAGCCAACUAGUUUAUUUCCUCUCUUAUUAGGCCCCUUUUUAAURUCCCCUCCUGUUUUUUUUUUCCCCUCCCGUUUGUCUCCUAAAGGUGUUUUUAUCUUUGUUUCUUUUUACGUUUCCCCUCCUCUGGCGUGGACCUUUUUUUAAUAGUUUAUUCUGCUCUUUUUGCCAUUUCUAGUACCUCAAGUCRGUUUGAGCAGCAGCACUUUUACAUUCUUUCUAUUUUACUGUAGUUUGUUGAAAUUCCCCAACCUUUUGAAACUUCAGUCRUCUUGGAGUACAGUUUUACAGACCGCAGGUCCUCCCACGUUGCCACUUUUUUUUUCUCUUUCCUUUUGUCACUUCUCAUUAGUUUCUUGUUUGAGACAAAUAUUUUUGAGCACACUGCCAUCUGUUGGCGACGAGGUAUAAAUGCCCCCCCCUGAAGUCACAAGUCAAACCAGUCGGUUGUCUUGUUUGAACUGGUGCAGUUUAUAUUGGCUGAUAUAUCAAUUGCUGAAAUGCAACCAUCUAUGGGGUAUGUUUUAAGUGUAAACACUGUUUUUAAUCUAGUUGUUUCUUCAUUAUGUGAAAUGUUUUAUGAUUUUACCUUUUUUUUAAUGACUUUAUUAUGUAAAGCUUUUUGUUUUUAUAAUCUCAGCAAUCAUCAUCCAUUCAUUUCCCUCAGUGCUUUCUUUUACAUUUCCCUUUUGUGUUCGAGACUGGGGAUAAAUUAGGUUUAGAUAAUUAGAUUAACGGUGUCAACGGUUUCCUUUUAGUGCAAUAAUCAGUUGGGCGAAGGGACGAGGAUUUUAGGGGACUUGAACGACUCGUAGCAGUUAAAUAUUUCAUUAGUUUCCUCACGAGGACAAAUGUUUUGCCACUUCUUCUUUUUUUUUUUGCAUUUCUUUUCUGUGAGUCAAACGAGCAGCACAUUUAUUAUUUUUUUUUACCUUUUCCUUACUGUUAGGUUAAAAUGUUGCAACAGUUUCAGUGAUUUGUGUUUUUUACUUGAACUGAAGGAUUUAAUGCUCCCCUGUGGUUUCAGACUAUGUUUGACCUUUCGAACUCCUGUUCAAUAGUUUUUCACCUGACGACAUCAGAGUGGAGUAUUAAGGCCAUAAUGACGUAGUAUUCAAGUGCCUGGCAGAAAGCUUUGAUUGUCUAAAGUUGUUUCCCUGAUCAAAAGUUAUACUCCAACAUAUAAGCAGGAUUUUUUUUGAAGCAAGAACGUUUUCACCUGAUGCCUCUCAUUCUUAUCAUCCAUCUACUGACUAUACAUCUCAUUCAGAUGUCCUAUAGAUCAAAGUGUGUAUUCUAAAUGCCUGUAACAUGAGUGUUGGCUUUGCUUCGGAGCGUUUUUAUUAUUUUUUUGCCUAAUUACAAAGACAUGAAUCCAGCUGCUACAUUGUGUUUAUGGGGGGGAAUACAAGUAGACUAGGCUUAAUGGGCAUGGAGUUUAGCCAGUUCAUUCRGUAACAUUUUUCACUUAAUAGAAAUUACAAGUCCACAAAACGGUGAAAUUCCUGCCCAUGUAACUAGCCGUGAAUCGGGACUUGCUUCAAAGCGCGGCAGAGGAGUCGAGCGGAYGACGGGACAGCUACAGCAGAAAUAUGACUUUUACGUCGCUCGUGCCUUAUCGGCGUCAAAAAGAAAACCCAAGAGACCAAACGGAGGUGGCUCGCUGCGGGAUCGGCRCGUGCGCGCCACACCUCCCUUCUGCUUGUUGGCUUGAAAAGCGUCGUGCRGAAAGAGGUUUCGGUUCGCUUUUCUCCUCUGCUGACGACCUGGAGCUUGUUGGGGGUGUGUGUGUGUGUAGGGGGGUGUUUUUAAGAAAGUUAUCUGCACUAAAAGAAGCAUGUGUUUCUGGACUGAACACAGGCAUGGUGCUACUCUAAGACAUUGAGCUGAGCCUCUGUAUAAGAGACUAUGAGCAGGUAAAGGUAAUGAAAAAACAAACAUUUAACCUCACUAACGGAGGGACRGGAGAGGGUGCUUCAGAAACAUUUAGAUUUAUAAGUUUUAUACCUUUUUAGUAAGAUUAGCGWAGGUGCAUGAUUUUAAUUUGGUUUAGAUCAGCGUUGAGAGUUUUUAUUCGGUACAGCAGCUGGUGUUUGAUUGGACGGUGGGGUUUAAAGAAGGCUCCUGCCUCUGUUGSAUUUGACUGCCUUCCACUGUGGAUGCCAGUGGGUUUGAGCCUUUGUUGUUUCACUAGUAUCUGAAAGCCUUUUUAAAAAGCCAGAAUAAAAAUAUAUUUGUACAUUUUAAGUUAUGUAAUGCACACCACUUAUUUUUGCUAACAGGAAAAAAAUGUAAUCUAAUUAUCAAUCUUAGUAAUAAAUGUAUCAUGAGAAGUAAUAGUUAAAAAAAUAACAAAGUUUUAUUAUUGCAACUGACUGUUGACUUGUUCCUGUGUCAGUGUAUAAUGUAUAGUAUCCUGUAUGUGUGAACAGUGGUGGGCUUGUUGGACCUAGUGACGUGUGUUUGGACUCAUCCUGUUAUUGAUAGGAGAUGAGGACUUAACCCACCUCUUUCUUUGAUGUUAAAAAAAAAAGGUCUCGCAAGAUGCUUAAUACUUAUUUCUCCUACUGUUAAUGUUCAUGCAGUUGGAAGUUGUAGAGGAGACGGGGUUUGCAUAUGAAAGUCUUUGCUUUACAUCCUGUUGUGACGACAAAAARCGGAGAACAGAAGACGAGUCGGUUCUGUCGAUGCUGUUCUCCUGAAUGUUCUCGGUUCUCCUCUGACUGGUGCUGAUGCCUGCUCCUUAAUGUGGCGAGGUGGAGUGGGAAAGAUUAGGCAAGUUUUUUUUUUUUUUUUUUUUUUGAAGGUUUCAGUAAUCCAUUUCAAAGACACGUGAUCAAAGAACAACUCGGCAACGUGCGCUAGUCCUCCGUUGCUUUUUGCGUUAAAUCCUUCGGGAGGAUUUGCUUCACAUUGCGACCUCUGUUUCUUUUACCGACCUCCGURUUUUAGCCACUUCCAAGAGCACACAAAUUCAGAGCCUUGGCCUCGAGGUAAAUCUGCUGUGUGACAAAGCCAAUAAUCUUAUUCGGCUUCUAAAAAUUUACUCCCCUGUGCCAGAGGAUUACAUUCCAUGGCCGCACAAUUUCAAGCAAUCCCCCUACAAGGUGUAGGAAAGGUAAGAGCUGAAGGACAGUUUAGUGGGUUCUCUGAUUUAAGUGCRUCAGUGUUUUGGCAAGAAGUGAAGCUGAUCAGUGGAAGCUUUUAAAUGAAUAUAUGGGGUUGAUUGAUUCACUAUCUUUGCUGUCUGAAACAGAUGUUCAGGUUGUGGAAACACAUGUUUACAUAGCAGCUGCGUUUGCCUGUAUUUGAAAAUGUCUUCAGCUUUUCUUAGGUCAUUUCUUGCAUCUAUUUGCUAACAAAAGCAAGAGCCUUUUGGCCAGUGGAAGUAAACCUUUUUUUUUUUGAUUGGUUAUCUUUCUUUUCUUCAAUUAAUUUGCGUUGAUAGCAAAGAGAAACUCUUGAUUUUCAUCUGCUUCUUUUAUUAAAAUGCCUUGUCAUAUUUGAUUAAAAUAAUAAGGUACACUAAUUUCAAAUUUGCAAACACUGCACACCGACUCGCUGAAGAAAAUUGUCAAAUUGAUUGCACAAGGUCAGUGUCUCAAUUUGUUUUGUUUUUUUUGUUUUUUUAUUGAAGUAAGGUGCUUUACAGUUACAGUAAUCAGUCUUACGGAUUUUUAUUUUUAUUUUAUUUUAUUUUUUUUUGUGGAGGGAAGCGAAGGAGCGAGGAAAAAGUCCACAGAGAAAGUGCCUUUCCUCUUGAUGGUGCUGUAUAAUGAAAGUAAAAAUGUAAAAUCAAAGAAAUAAGAAUUCCUCAGUGCAGGAUGGGCUGCAUUUUACACAAACUCACUUGUUUAUUUUUUAGAGAUGGCAAUGCAAACGUGUAUUUUGUGUAAUUUAGACUGCAAGCCUACAUAGAUGUAGAAUAAUAUGCCAAGUGUAUGGUGUUGAUUGAGCUAUCGCUUUUUAAAAAUGUUUUUUUUUUUAAGUGCGUUUAGUGUAUUGGACCAGUGGUUUGUUGGUACAGUGGAUUGUGGAUCUGGGUGGGUUUACAGGGAUGGAGCAUGGUGGGCAURUUUGACACAGGGACGGCGUGACCCCUCCCCCCUCGCCAUCCCACAUUUGACAAACACAGCACAGCACUUUAAAAGACUGCCACUCUCACUCAGACACACAGCCAAGAGGUUUCGAACCCUGUUUCUUCAUUUCUCCACUUCUCUAUCCAAGAAGAGGAGAUCCAGACCUCAGCGUAAAUAAGUCGACGGGGUGUACGCAACCAAACUUUGCAGUCGGCCAUCAAACGUGUGCCUCAUGCUCUUCUGUCGUCGACCUGGACCUGCUCUGUUGCCACUCUUGUCACAGCCAGAGCACGGGUAUCAGAGCAGGAUUAGUUUGUACCUUUUCAAGAUGUUUCAGGGCUACAAAAUAUUGAAGCAGCUUUGAAGCCUGGACCUUUUUUUUUUUUUUUUGAUACGGUGCACACUCGCAACGACAAAAACAAUUUUUAACUUUUCUCUCGCUUUACGACAGCAAAUCUGUUUCAAAACGAAAUGAAUUUCAGUCGAGACUUUUAAUCUGUUUCAUGUUAGUAACCUYACAUUUAAUAUACUGACAUAAAAAUAACCGGUCCAGUGUCAGUACUGAUCCCCAGCCUUAGUAGCAGUCCAUGGCAAUAGUUCCCAUCGUAGUGCAAUGCCCUGCCGUGCGUCUUGUCCCUGAUGGAGGGAAUAUGUCCCCAGCGGUAUCUUGUCCUGAGCCGAUAUGCUGUCGACUAAAAACACUGAGGACCGUCUGUAGUUCWGUGGGUACCUUUUCAGUCCGGAGGGUUGAAAUCCUUUCUUUUACAAGAAAUCUCAAAACACUGCACCUCACUUACCUUGGUAUGCUGCAUAUGUUAUACUACAUGAAAGAAAACUGCAAAUUGCUUUUAUUACAUAUAAUGCUUGAGUAAUGCCUGAUUGCGAUAUUCUUAUACAGUAACUAAUUUAGAGUCAAAAUAGGUAUAACUGUAAAAAAAAAAUAUAUAUAUAUAUAUUCUGUUUUUGUCUUAACACUUAUCCAAUUUUGAAAUAUUGUUCUUGAGCCGACUUUUAUUGUCCUAUUUAAAUGUGUUGUUCUUUGAGUAUAUAUAUAUGAAAUAUAAGCGGAUUAUUUUAUGGUGUAUUUAUUGAGAGUACGUCGAAGCGGCCUGGAGUCUCUGCAUCGUUUUUGCAGCAUGGUGGGGGCGGAGCAAGGAGGAAGAGGCCCGUGUUAAGCCCCUCCUCCUACUUCAUGUUGAUGCCUUAUUCUCUUAGACAUGCAAGCACAACAAUACAGUGGGGAUAUUCGGGGUUUGAGGGGUGUAAGAGCGUGGAUUUGACUUGUUGCACAGUCGUACGUCUGGCUCUGAUACAGUAURUACAGGUCAACUCUCAUCCUCGAUGUUUUUUUCCCCCUCAUUUUCUUUACCCUUUCCACUUUGGUUUAACCACGUGAGRGGGUCAAACUCCCCACAUGCUGCAGCUCAUCUCUGACGAAGGGAACCAUUUGUGAACCACGCUGACCUGAGUGUCGAAAAGCUGACUUUUCAUCCCAAGCUGCUAAUUGGUACGUUAGCCAUGUAAAUUCCCCGAGCCAGUACAGGACAAGUGGAGGGUGGAAGAAAGGAAAGAAAGUUGUUGGAACGGCAAAUAUUUUUUUAAUUAUUAUUAUUUUUUUAUUUUCUCUUUUGAGUAGGCUUAGCUUCUUUUCCUCAGAGUUUGUCUCCUUUUUUUUUUWAAAGUUUUACCUUUCUUGUGCCAGAACAUUUUUACAACAGGAACAGGUCUCAUUCCGCAGGAGAAGACAUGCCUCAGCCUUAAGUGUGUUCUUACACAACAAGUCAGAAUUCUCUGUGACCUUGCAAAGCCUUUGUUGGGUGGCCUACCAAGAAACCUAGCCUAUUGUACUUGAUCUGUCCUGACUCCUAACUGGCAUCCUCAUCUCUUCUCACUUCUCAUGUAAACCACUAUCAUUGUUGGAGAACUUUGUGACAAAGUGUAAACUGUUAAAUGUUGCUCCAUCUCAUCUGUUUUAAUGUAAAAAAAAAAAAAAACAGGUCUGGGUCAAACGGCGUUUGGAAACCAUCGGUCUAGUUGUUUUUCACACACAGUUUGACCUGGACUUUAAUAGAACCCACAAGGUUCCUCAGAGUGCUGGAUUACAGAGACCUGUGCCUGUAAUAAGAACCAAGAAUGAAUUGUGUUGUGAUAAUUUUUUUUUCAUGCUCUUGUUUUUACUGUUGGUUGUCCUUCAGCCCAUCAGACGAUCAGAGACAUGGACCUUUUUGAGUGUUGUCAAACAUGUUCCAAAGCGAAAAGACCCUUUGACCUUUUUUUGUGAACCAAAUAGUUUUUGGUCUAUAAAUGUUUAACAAUAUGUUUACUCCCAUGGCCCACGUAAUUUUUUAUUUUUUAAUUAUAUUUUUUAAUUUUAUUUUUUUGUAUUUGCAUUCCAGCAGAUUUCAAACCAAAUACUGCAGAAGAGAUUAGGCUCCWGAUGCCGAUAGUUCACACAAAAUGCUUUGAUGGCAGAUAAACAGUGGCCAAGGAUUUGAAACACUUUGUGUUCUGAUUGUUCAAAAAAAAAAAAAAGAAAAACAGUUUUCCUUCAUUGUAGCAAUCUAAAGAUCAUGGGCUCUGAUACUUCUGAGCGAGGCACCAGCAAACAGACGUAAACGUUGAGCAGUCAACACAAACUGAUCCAUGUCUCAGUAUUUAGCAAAGGCUCUGUUGUACCAACAGCUCUAUUCCUUUCAGUUUUAAAUGUCUUUCUUUUGUAACUCUCCUAUAGUUUGUUGGCCUUUUUAGUGUUGCUUUGCUUCAGUUUGAAGUGUAUCUUUGACUAAUACUUGCAAUAAAAUGCUUUGCUUUAC